CUAUCUAUCUAUCUAUCUAUCUAUCUAUCUAUCUAUCUAUCUAUCUAUCUAUCCAUCCACCAUCCAUCCAUCCAUCUAUCUAUCUAUCUAUCUAUCUAUCUAUCUAUCUAUCUAUCUAUCCACUCAUCCAACAAUCAAUCUAUCUAUCUAUCUAUCUAUCUAUCUAUCUAUCUAUCUAUCUAUCUAUCUAUCCAUCCAUCCACCCACCCAGCUAUCUAUCUAUCUAUCUAUCUAUCUAUCUAUCUAUCUAUCUAUCUAUCUAUCUAUCUAUCCACCCACCCAGCUAUCUAUCUAUCUAUCUCCAUCAUCUGUCUGUCUGUCUAUCUAUCUAUCUAUCUAUCUAUCCAUUCACCCAUCUAUCUAUCCAUCCAUUCAUUCAUCUAUCUAUAUAUCUAUCAUCUAUCUAUCUACAUCUAUCUAUCUAUCUAUCUAUCUAUCUAUCUAUCUAGUAUGUAUUUGUGUGUGUGUGUAUAUCUAUAUAUGUAUAUGUGUGUGUAUGUA